AAUUUAUGGAAAGCACAGCUCCUGCUGCACCAGCAGAAAAAGUAACCAAAGAAAUCAUGUUCGAUGAUGGAGCUCUCUACAGAGGAGAGAUUGAUCCAGAGACUCAAUUCAUGCAUGGCCAAGGAAUGCUUAUUUAUGCAGACGAUAGUGUUUAUGAGGGUAAAUUUGUAAUGAACAAAAGAGAAGGAAAGGGAGAGUUUAUAUAUCCAAACAAGGAUGUGUACAAAGGAAAAUUCCAAAAUGGUUUAAUGCAUGGAAAAGGAGUAUUCUCAUCCCCAGACGGAACUUACUUCACUGGUGAAUGGAAAGAAGGCAAAAGACAUGGUGAAGGACUAUUCAGAGGCCCCAAAGGAGUUAUUAUGGAGAUAUGGGAAGACGGAGAGCUCACUUUUGAAGACAAGGUAGGGAUGUAACCUCUCCUCCACCAUUACAGCCUAUUCUGUUCCUGACCAACUCUUGAGGAUCAAGAUGUAC